CUCCACUACCCACGUAGCCGACCGUUUUGGGGCUUACCGUACCAGAGCAUUCGGGCACGAUAAACUUUGGCCGCUCGUCGCAUGUCGCGACGACGUCUUCUAGUCGACUGCUUGGCCCAAUUAUUUGUUCGUCGUCGUGAUGCUGCUGCACCUGCUUGGCCGACUACACUACACUACACUCUACCGCGGCGGGCGGGAGUGGAGAGCCCCGGCGCUCUCCCCCCAAUGCAGGCGUCGAGUCCACGUCGUCUGCUGAAGCGCCGCACUCCCGCCCGCUCGCUCGCUCGGAGAUGACCCUCUGCUAGCCAUCAUUUGUACAGGAUUACACGCUGUAUGCAUCCAUGCACCCAUGCAAUAGAUAUGUAUGGAUAUGCAAAGUGUUGGUUGGUACCGCAGUGGUACCGUAAUCAUAGCAGUCAUCAAGGUGUGGCUGUUGCUGUCGCUGCGCUGUGCUGUGCUGCCUGCCUGCAACUAAUGAUGCCUGUCCCUCGAAUAUUAACCACGUCCAUGCUUGUCUCCAUCCAUGCCACCCAUCCCCACCCAGAGUCCACUCCUUCCACAGAUCCGCCUCUCGUUUGUUCGUUUUUUUUUUCUUCUCUCUUGCUGGCCACUGCUUGCUUGCCUGCUCCCUGGUCUCUAUCCCUCCACUCCUUCAUUCGUUCGCUCGGCCAUACUUCCUUCCUUCCAUCCAGUCUGCCCUGCUUUGCCCUGCACAGCACACCACAGCACUGCUCUGCACAACUGGUCUCCUCCACCUGCACAUUCAUUCAUUCACUCGCUCACUCACUCACUCUCGUUCAUUCAUCCAUUCCUUCUUUCUUCCCACACAUACUUUCCUUCGUCCAUUCCGUCAUCCACCCCUCUCCCCCCAAUCCACUCUCCCCAGCGGGCCCCGACAUUCCUUUCUUCAAUCGUCUUCUUUUUCUCUCUCCUCUACUACCGCUCUCGCAGCGCGCAGGCGACCCCACGCUCCUUCUCCCUUCCGACUCUGCUUCCUCACCCCGGUACCUGUCCAUCGUCCUGCAACAACUCCAAACGCUCCACCUACCUACUGCUGCCCAAGCCACCACCAUCAUUAUACCACGGCGACCCAGUAAUCCUCGAUACACUUCCCGCCUUCGGCCGCAUUCCACACCCUCGUUUGUUGUGUUUGAUCACCACCAUCGUCAAGAUACUCGCCCCUCCUUCCAACCCAUCCCGACGCUGCAUGGAGCCCAUUUUCGCUCGCCUCACCUGCCUCACUGCCCAAUCCUUGCAAUCGACCUAUUGUUGAAGAGGCUAUAAUAUUUCCACCGUGUCCAACAUGUACGUGAUCCCUUUCGGCCUCUAGCUGUCUUCAUUCUUGCCUUUUCGGUCGUGUUGUGUCUUGCUGGUACGAAGCGCUUUCGGAAUGCAACUUCGGCUACUCAAUGCACCAUCCAAUGCUAACGGAAUGCCCCCAAGUAGAACACCACCUCGCCUACUAUAUCUGUCCGCCGCCGUGCUACAACAGCCUCUGUCUGCCUUGCACCGCAGAC